UUUUCCGAAUCUAUGUACUUUUGAUUCCCUGUUGAACCUUAAAUUGUAUAGACUUGUUCGGGUCGUCUCAGGUUGUUCCACUUGCUGAGGUCUUUUUCCCGAGUUCAACAUCGUGAAUUGAUCUCUUCUUCACUAGAUUUAAGUGGGAUUUCUAUUGUGAUGGACGACGGGGAGCUUGAUUUUUCGAACCAAGAAGUGUUUUCUGGCAAUAACAUAGGUGAUAUUCCUAGCAGUUGCACGAUGGACAGUUUUUUUGAUGAAUUACUCAAUGAUUCCCAUGCCUGUACCCAUACACACACUUGCAACCCACCCGGCCCCGAUAACUCUCAUACGCACACCUGUUUUCAUUUUCACACCAAAAUCGUGCCUGCCCCUAGUGAAGAUAAGGCUGCUGUUGAUGAUACCGCCGAGUCUAAGGAGAAGAAAUCUAAGAAACGCCCAUUAGGUAAUCGAGAAGCUGUUAGGAAGUAUAGGGAGAAGGUUAAGGCACGAGCUGCCUCUUUGGAGGACGAGGUUGUGAGAUUGAGAGCAGUAAACCAGCAACUGAUGAAGAGAUUACAAGGUCAGGCUGCAUUGGAGGCUGAGGUCGCAAGGCUAAAGUGUUUGCUUGUUGAUAUUCGAGGAAGAAUCGAAGGGGAGAUUGGAUCGUUUCCUUAUCAGAAACCAGCAACUAAUGUUAACAUGAUGAGUGUGCCUGGUGGUGCUUAUGUGACUAAUCCCUGCAAUGUGCAAUGCAACGAUCAGAUGUAUUGCCUCAAUCCUGGAGGCGAAGAUAAAACAGGAGAAGCUGCAGCGCUGAAUGGACAAGGAUUUAAUGGUUGCGGCUUUGACAAAAUUCAGUGCUUGACGAAUCAAAACUCUGGAGCAAAUGAGCUUCCUACUGGUGGGGUUAGAAUUGCAGGGUCAAAUGGCAAUUCUUCUAGCACAAAAAGGAGGAAAGGCGUUCAUCCAGCUACGACAGGUUGAUGAUCGUGCGGAAGAGGGUACAUAUUUGUGUUCUAACAAGCAGUUCUCUUUGGAUGCAUAACCUUCUUCAGUCAGGUUGCAUUGCUUUUUUUAUUUUAUUUUUUUUCUUUUUCAACCCUGCUUAUGGGUUAUUAGAGGUGGAUUUUGGGUGUUUUUAGUUUAUGGUCUAAAGCCAACAAACUUGGGAAGCUGAAACUUCUGGAUUUUUAUAGCAUGUAGCAUUUAUGAG